GUCCCGUUUUUGUUUGAGUCACAACGCAAGUCGUAGUAACGGUGUCAUUUGUAAAUCAAUUUUAAAGAUCCAGUAUUAUUUUUGUGAUUUUGCUAGUUGUUUGAAUUCGCUGCAAACGAAUCGUUAUGUCGACGGAACUGGAAAAGUUUCUGUCCACGUUGAAGGGCUGCCUCGACACGCAGCACUCAGCCCGUGCCAAGGACUGUGUGGCCAGCAUCGGAACGCUCGUAGCCGGUCCGGAGGCACUAAAUGCUGCGGAAAUUGAGUACUCCCUGGACACGAUCCUCAACUCGCCCAACGGCCUUCUCGCGUUUCUCCGCCGCGCCAUCAAAGCCUCCGGCCGGUUCCAGAAGGCGAACGAGCAAAUCUUCGAUCUCUUCCGGCGGCUCAUCCAGCAGCACGCCACACCGGUUCGCAAAUCCUCGGCCGGAAUGCUGCGCGAGUGCAUCCGCUACGUUCAUUCCUCGUCGGUGAGUGCCCGCGAGCGCGAACUGGCCACGGCCGUCGUCCAGGAUCUGGUCGUGUAUCGCUGUCUGGACGACGAUGUCCACGGCAUGACCCAGCUGCUGACAGAUUUGCUGGCGGUUUUUGACCAACGGAAGCUCACCAAUCGCUUCCAGCAGGCCCUCUUUGAGCUCGUUGGUCUGUUGGCACGAGACUUCCCCGAGUGUGUCUCGCAGGAGCACCAAGCGAAGAUUCUGACCACCAUGAUGAGUGUGGCCGAGGGGCAGCUGCUGGAGGAGAGCUACCCGUCGUUGAUUUCGCUGGCAGGUGCGCUGCAAGGGUUGAACCAUUUUUUAGUCAAUUUUGCACCACCCGGCAGCGGCAACGAGGAAGACGAGGCGAGCGGGAGUGAUGUUUACCGCCGGAUUUACGUGCUCGUCAAGAAGCUAUCCGAUUGGGACGAAGCCGUCAAGGAGCGGCAGGCGUUUAGAAACGCCCUUCAGCUGCUGGAGCGCCACAGCGCCCUGUUCGGGCGGUUCCUGUACGUCGACUACAUCUACUGGCAGACCAUCCUGACCGGCAAGUGGAUCCGUUCGACCGUCGAGGAUCGCAAGUGCGGAAUCUACGCGCUUGCCGCCCUACACCGCGAGCUUGGUCGGGAACUGCUCAGUCGAGAAGCUGCCGAAGAGCGGGAAGCGCUGGUGGCAGUCUUGAGCUAUUUCAUGAAGUACUUCAAGGGGGUGCUGAUGGGGUCGGGGUCGAAACCGUUUGAGGUUAGGAUCGCUAUCCGGGGGUUCGGAGCGAUGGCUGGGGCGUGCGCCCGGUUGAUGUCCGAAGAGUACAUGCAGGAGCUGCUGCUGCUGGUGAUGCAGCGGACAGAGUACGUUUACUUGGUGGAGGAUAAGUCUGGAGAGCAGUUGGAGCACUUGCCGGAUUUGGUUCAAGCGCUGUCGGAGAUUAUGGGUCAUGUCCGGGAGCUGACUGGGGUUCAGGUGAGCUCGCUGCAGAACAUCGUGAUCGGGUUGAUUAAGGAUUUUCACUUUCUGAGUACGGCGCAUCAUGAGCUGGUGGUGAGUUCCGUGAUGAGGACGUUCGACAAUCUGAACAAGCUUGGGGGUGGAGUGCUGGAAGCGUUGCUGGACAAGAUUAUUCUGAGAGGACUGGUGUGGAGUUGCUCGCAUACGUUGGUGAUCGAUGCGAACCAGAAUCGGGAUGAGUCUGCCAACUGGAAGGACUUUGUGACGUACAAAAACUAUCUUCCUUUGUGGAGAGGUCUACUUGCUGAAGGAAACUCGCACGGUGUUGAUCGUACGCCGUUGAUCAAGCUGAUCUACUCCCAGCUGAUAAAAAGCUUGUUCCUGAUCCUGGACAAGCUGAACUUAACCACCCGGAAGCGAACCUUCAAAGACGAGUCCGGUGAAGAUCGCGAGCUGUUCUUCUGCGACCCGAACGUGGAUUUGGUGCCGAUAAAGCCGAAAGAUUUUCACAUCUUCUUCAACCUGGUGGAUUUGUACCAGGACCUGCUGCGGUACAACGCCCCCGUGAGAGAUCACUUCGAGGACUGGAUUCCGGUCUAUUUCGAUUAUAUGGUGAAGAUGGCGCUGAAGCAUCCCUUGGUCAGUGGGUUUGUGAAGCUGAUUGACCUGGGUCUAACCACAGCAGAUCACUUGCAGUAUUUUCAGAACCAGCAAUCAUCGGCUAAGUUGGCGACCGUCAACUUGCUCGUGUACUUCAUCGAGCUUCAAAUCGCCAAGGGUCGCCACUCGAUCGGUGAACUACAGCUGACCUGCUUGCGGUUCGUCCUCAGUGCUCCCGUGACGCUCCUGGAGAGCUUCCUCGAAGAUUCCUCCGACCUGCUCGAAGUGUUUCGCAUCGCGUUCCAGGUCGGAAAAGGUAUCCUCACGCUGGCCAACGUGGCCCUCGGCUGCGUCCAACGGAUCGUCGCGCACGACUCCCCAAUCGCACCGCAAAACCGCGAACGCGUACUCGUCACCAUUCUCCCACUGCUCGACAGUUACCUACAAACGCGGGACAGCAACGUCCCGGCGCCGAUCACCGGUCAGUUAACGAGGUUCCAGCGGAAGCGGAGCGUCAACCUGACCAGCGCCAAGAUCGAAAAGAUCAAGCUGCAGCACGCACUGGCCAGCUCCGAGAGCGAGCUGGUUAAGUUUCAGCGUCGAAUUCUGCUCUUUCUGGGGGACAUCGAGCCGGGCCUGUGCACCCGAAUGGUCCACCGGGAAGAGGGAAGCUCUGCGACGGAACGUCCCCUGGUGCUGUGGGACCUCGACUCGAACUGUAGCAUCGUGCUGCAGCUGUUGAGCGGAGUCGGAGUUCGGCCGAUCAUCAAGCUGGACACGAUCAUUGCGCGGGUUUGUACGCUAGCGGUGGGUUCGAGCGAUCGGCGUACGAAGGUGGCCGCUUGCGAGCUGCUCCACGCGCUGGUGCUGUACAUCAUCGGGAUUCAGUACCAGGACAAGAUGACAAAGUUGUGGACCGAACUGUGUGGCCACUUGCUGCAGCUGGCCACCGAUCCGGACCUCGCCAUCUGUCAAAUGUUCGAGCCGCUGAUCUUCCAGAUCAUACACUACCUAACGCAACCGUCCAAGAUCACCCAAAAGGGAACGGAAGUGCUGGCGUCCUGUCUCAUGGAGUCCAUCUCGCAUCCGAGCGAUACCGGAGUCCGCGAUCUGGCGGCUCGCUGCAUUCGUGAAUUUUUCCUAUGGGCCAUCAAGCAGACACCGGCCGGGCAGCAGCCCACGGUGUCCAGCUCGUCGGCUGUGAAUCUGUCGGUGAUACUGGAGCAGCUGCGCACGUACAGCAUGGACAGCAAUCCCCAUCGACGUCAGGGUGCGGCGCUGGCGUUCAACAACAUCUAUCGAAUACUACGCGAAGAGGAAACCCAAAUCGAGCGAAGCUGGCUUGAUUUGUACUACGUGUUCAGCAUGAACUACGUCAUGACCGAGGAAUUUGACAGUUCGGCUACCAAUCUGGAGCAGAUUUCCGCAACCAUCGAUCAUCUGGUACGUGUGCUGGUCGAGAGGAACGACCUGUUCAAUCGUCAGAACCCGUCCAGAGUGGUUCCCAGUGCAUUCGGUGGUAGGUUGUUAAAGGACCUGGUUCGGUGGCUGUUUGGACAGUGUAGUUCCCGCGAGGAAAGCUAUCGGCACAAGUGUAUGGAAGUGUUUCCAAAGCUGGCGAAAGCGGUUGCGGGAUGUGCUACCGAGCGUGCUUUCAUCCAACAGUACCUAGAGGAUCGAACCAUCCUGGAUAUCUGCGAUCAUGUCAACGUUAUCCAAGGUAUCGCCAAAACGCCCACUCUUCAGUUCAUUGUCGAUGAAAACCUCCCGAUGAUCGCCAACAUCUACCUCUGGCUGGAAUACUUCAUCUCCACGUUGGACAUGUACUGCUGGCUACUCAAGGGAUCCCUACUGCAGAAUCCCAGCUGGUUCAUGGAAAACUCCAAUCUGUUCGCAGCCAUCCGGUUCUUCAUCUCCCUCGUAGCGAGUGCGACCAUGUUCAACCUGAUGCUGCUCGUUCGGCCCGAGUUCGUCGACGAGAGCCAAACCAGCGUCGAGUUCCGCAUUUGCGUCGACAAAAUCAUCAAGUUCAACCUGCUAAAGUGCACGAUCACCGUACGUAUCGUCGACUUGCUCAGCUGGAUCAUGCACCAAAGCUACUACAGCAGCGUCCCGGAGAACUUUUGGGAGCAGCCGCAAGUGGCCGCUUUCAUGAUCGAUCUGAUCUUUGAGCCCCAAAAGAUGGGAUUCGAUUUCAAGUCGUGCCAGGACACGAUCGCGGAAUAUCCCAAACGCAUCGAACAUUUGCUGGAUAGAGUGGAACGCUUCGAGAACUUACAAUUUAGAGAGAUGGUAUACGAGAAGAUCUCGGACAAGCUGACGUUCACCUACCAGGAGCUUUCCGAACGACUGGAGCGUCUGCUGAAGCUGGAAACAAUUGGCUUGGAAGACAACAACAACGCAAAGGGAAUUCUAACAAUCGCCAAGCGUUACGAAUCGUACCAACAGUACUUCAGCUUAGAAACCAAGAGUUCGCUCCGGACAAUCUCCGAGCGAAUCCUGAAAACCAUUUUCGAUGCGCUGAAGGAGCAGCGACUGGGCGAGUGGUUCCAAAUUCCGUUGACACCCUCACUGAAACGAUUCGCUACUGUUGUGCUCAAGAUUGCUUUCAAGUUUAUGUCAACGCAAGCAUUGGACCCGCUGAUUGAUCUUCUUCUCAGCAAGGUCGAGCUGCGACUGUUCCAGCAAAGCGGAAGCUCCGUUCAUCACGGGGAACACUUCGUGACCACGUUCGAGGAAGCAGUCUUCGAGUUUGUGCUGGACCAGUUCCCGACCAGUUUCGAGAAGCUGCUUCAACGCUUGGACGCAGCGAACUUUUCCGUAAUUGUCAAGCUGCUGUGCAGCUUCCUGGAGUUCAACUACCAGAGAAAGCGGUCGGAUAUUCCCGUGUUGAAAACGGUCACCGAAGCCAUGCUGGACAAGUGGACCGUGAUACUGCAACGUGCCCAAACCUUGGAGAAUAAGUUCGCCGCUGUGGAUCUCCAGCUGAUCGAGCUAAUGUCUUGCGUAGCGAUGGCCAGCCCCAACCCGCUAGGUCAAAUAGGGCGAAAAGCGACAGGACUCCAGCCGUGGCUUCUGAACCUGAUCGGCAACAGUCAAAUCACCCUAGAGCUCAAAUCGAAAGCAGUGUUCCUGCUUCCAACUCUGGUAGGAGACACGGACUUUGACAGCGCCCCAGUUUCGGACGCUUUGCAGAGCCUGCAGAAUCAACACUUUCCGCUUCGCUCGUCCGAGUUUACGCCGAACAGCGUCGAGCGAAUCAGCUUCGAGAACUGCCUCGUCGGACUGCUGGAUGCGAUGGUCGUUUCCAGGUCACCGGUCCUGCUGAAGGCGAUCAUCAACGCUACAGCGGCAGACGGUGAACACAUUGCCGAGGCAAAAAUACGAAGUGCGCUAGGUGACUACAUGAAACCACAAAACAGCAACCAGCAAUGCUACAACUUGAAGCUAAUCUUCGGCCAGUUUUGUGAUGAAUCGCUGGAACCGUUCAUCCGGUUGACGAUGCUGAAGCGGUUCCUGAUAAGCGGGCUGCGAAUGUGCAGCUUCGAAGCUCUCUCGACGUUCUACAAGAGCAACAUCAAGAAAAUCAACGACAUGAUUCGCAGCAACUACGGACAGUUUGGAUCCGGUUGGGAAGCGGAGCAGGCGCUCAUCAACAGGUUCGGUGGAUAUCAGCUGAUUGAGCUGUACGUGGCAGUUCUACCCCGAGACGUGAUUCUUUCCGAUGACUGUCCGGUUGCGAAAACACUUUACGGAGAAGGUAAAACUCCAGGCAACAAGAUGAUCACCGACUUUACCAAGAAAGCGUACGCCGCGCGCUCGGAAGUGUUCCUUACGCCGGACUCACCGACGGCGGAACUGUUCAGAAAGUAUCAAUGCGCCGCCUACCGGACACUAGCGGCAAUCAUCAGCAACACCAAAGAUGACCUUCAGCUGUACAAUGUCCUGCUGUUCCGGGAGAACGGUGAUAAAAACGAGUUCAUCUGGCGAAAGCUGAUCAACUGCUCGGAGAACCAUCUGUACGACGGAUUCGGCCAAGAGCUGGAAGAGUACCCGAAGAUUAAGGACAAGCUAGUGUCGAUAAGGCGGUUGACGGCUGUAUCUGCUUCAAACUCAAAUCGCUUCAAGUACAUCCAGAUGACUAGUGUUUUCGAAUCUUCGCUCAGCCAAGACGUCACCAAGUUGGACUUGAACUACUCGGUAGUGCGAACUACGCAGGAAGCAUCCACCUUGCAAGCGGACGAAUACAGUCAACAGCUGGCUCGCAAGACCACCAUAGCGUUGGAACGCUCCAAGGUCAACGAUCACGAGGUGAUGGCCACGGUUUGUGCCGUCAUCCAGCACAUGCACGAAAACAAGAUCACGCCCACGCCGGAAGGGGAUCGGGUCGUCCCACCGCCGUGGAUAAAAUUUCUAGCCGCUUCACUGCGCGAUCAACAGCAGCACAAGAACGUCCGGCUGUUCCUAGCCAAGGUGAUCGACAACUGUCGAACCUGGUUGAAACCGUACGCAGCGACGCUGAUUCCACCGCUAAUGCAGGUCAUCGUGGACGAAUGCAUCACAGCGCAGCUGAACACGUUCGUAACCGACCUGUACGCACUGAUCCUCGAGUGGAGUGACGCAUUUCAACCGUCAAGCUGCGACGAGAUCAGUCUCGCAUCCGGACUGGUGCGAUUCCUGAUGAGAAAUUGCUUCCACGCUCGUCGAGAAGUGUUCCGGCUAAACUUGGAGUUGGCUAAAAAUUUGAUCGAACGCUGGAAGACGGUUGUCAGCGUGCCGGUUCAGCUGCUGUACGACAUGAUCGGCCCAACCCAGGAUCCAGAAUCGGCGCAAAAUCUGUGCGGAUUGCAGUUGAAUGCGAUCGUGAUGGCUAAUGGGUUGGUACCGUGGACGGAAACGUCAAAGUUUGAUUUUGUUCGAGCGAUCUUUCGGUGCUUGGACUCGGAGAAGGUGGCCGUCUAUCGACCUGCGUCGGAACUGUUGGGUAUGUGCCUGGGCCAUCUGUACCCAGCCGGAGAGGAGAAGGAGGACGAGCGCUAUCAGAAUGAAUUUCUUGCUAAAUUAGUCGCGAUGCGAAAGCGGCUGGAGAAAAAGUUUAUGGACGUGGUGUACGGAAUCCAUAAGGCGUUCCCGGCGAUCGUGGAUUCGUUUUUGGCGAUCAUCACUCAUGCCAUUCCGACUGCAAGUGGUGCUUCGAAGAAAAUCCUUCUGGAAAUGUUGCUGUCUCGCGUUGAAGUGUACAAAGAGCAGGUGCACCGAGAGCUGAUUUCGCUAGAUUUGAAGGGUAUGCUCAAAGAUCGUAGCUAUCAACUGCUAGCGUUACACUUGAUCAACAAGUCCCUCGCGUUAAUGUCGGCGGAAAACCUUGAAGAUGUAAUAGAUAGUGUGAUUCUCCUAACCAGCAACGACCAGUCCGAUGUUCGUGAUGUUAUUUACGAGAUAAUGAUCUUCAUCUAUGAGAACUCGCAAGCAUCGUUGUCGGACGCAGCGAAACAAAAGCUACGCAAAGCUCUACUGACCGGCCUCACCGACGCUGAUCAAACGCUGCAAAACCACAUCUUCGACUUCUGGACGGAUCAGUCUCGCUUUCCUCAGGAUAUUGCCGCACGGUUCCAGCGCAUACUCGAAGAUCUUUACGAGCCUUCGCAGGAGAUGAACUUUCUCGGCUACGCAACGCACAUACUUUUGGACACGGCGGUACGCAAUCCGGAGUCCAAGCGUAGGAUCUUCCAGCACGAGUACGAAGCAGACGUCAAGCUGAAGGAGUACACGAUCGACACGCACUGGCGCCAGCGGAACUCCUUCGCAUCGGCUCCACUGUUUGUGGAAUCCCAGCAGCGGUUCCUGCUGGCAGGUGAUGGAUCCCAGAUGGAACGAAGGAUUCGAGCUACGCAGUUCUCCAACGAGGCGAACAUGUUCGAGCCAACGCAAGACCCCACGACCAUGACGCAGUCAGCGGCCAGUUUCACGCUGCCAACGCAGAACUCUCUUCUGUUUGAGAUUAAUCCUCCGAUGCUGGAUCGACGCUCGAAGCGUGUCGUUGCUGCGGCGAGUUCCGGCGCUAGUCCAAAAUCGUACGACAGUCUUCGACGGCGCAUCCUGAAGGACAAGGAACGAUCGAGUCGCGAUCAGGCGCUUCGUGCGAUCGAGCGACACAGUUACGAAGCGGUGCGGAAGGUCGAAAGUCACAAGAUGAAGCAGGGAGAAGUGGUUCUGUACCGGCGGUACCGAAUUGGAGAUUUCCCCGACCUGCUUAUCAACAGUCUGGCUCUGCUUUUGCCGCUGCAAGCACUUUGUAGGAGAGAUCCUCCGCUUGCGCGGCAGGUCUUCGUGGCGGUGUUUAGUGGCAUCUUGGACGAGUGGGAUCAAACGGAGCGGGACUCGGGGGAAGCCAUCGAUGCAAUCAAUCAGGCUAUUCAGAAAAUAUUUGGCGAAACCAAGAGCUGUGAUCCGAACCUGUUUGGAGCGUUGAUAGAGGUUGCGAUGAGCCGACCGAAGCAGUUUGAUUUGAAGGCUGAUUCUGUUGCGACGGUAGCUAGCGGUGCAAACAUGAUGAACAUGGGAGUGCUUUAUCUGGAGAACAAGCUGCACGAGUACGACUUUCCGGAUGAAUCGAUAGUUUCGCGAUCGUCUUCCGUGACGAUGGAAGCGAUUCAUUGGAUCAAGCUAGCUGAGCUGUACCACGGCUUAAGUGAGUACGACGUGCUGGGAGACAUCUUUUCCCACAAAAUGGACAGCGAUACGAGGCUGAAGGAAGCGAUCGAGCUGGAAAGCAAGGGCUUCUUCUACAAGGCUCGUGAGCUGUACCACCGGAUGUUGCUGGAGAACCAAAGCCGGAUUGCGGAGCACAACUUUUGCUUCCAGUCGUACUAUAACUGUUUCGAGCAGAUGGGAAUGUGGGAAGAUUUGGUUCCGAUUCUGGAGCAGCAGCUGGACGGCAGUGCCGAGGAGUUCUGGACGGACGAAUGGAACAUGGAGAACAUGCUGCCCAAGUAUGUACAUGCCAAUACGAGGCUGAAUCUGUCCGGAGAUGAACGGGGACGAGGAUUCAUAACCCUGCUUGACGCUUGGAUGCGUGUUCCAGACCGGAAGGAGCAUCUGAAGACCAACUUUGGCGAGGAAAUUUCCAUGCUGCAAUUGGCUAGUGGAGAGUACGCCAAAGGUAAGCUUUACUCGGAUCAAGUGUUGCUACAGUUUCUCGAAGAGUGGAGUUAUUUGGAUGUGCUGUCGGAUAAGCUACGAAUCCGGAAGCUGCUCGACAUACGCAAAGUGUCCGAAGUUCACACGCUGGGCAUUCUACUGGGUGAUUCUUUGCAAGAGAAGCGCAUCAAGAAGCUGGUCGCGAGUUGGGAGAACUCGCACCCGACCGCAUCCGACUCACCGGUCAUCUGGGACACCCUGCUUGCGUAUCGGAAGUUUGCUCUGAACAAGCUGGAAACCCAGCUGGAGGCUUCCACCGACGAUCGCUUGCUGCGGACGAACUUUGUUCGUCAGCUGACGGACGCCCUGUUCGCAACGGAACUGCGCCUGCUGGACGCUUCGUUCGAGCAGAACAAUCUACGUUUCGCACGGAAGGUCAUCAAACGACUGGACAUGGUAGCGGACGAGCAGAGCGAGCGGGGCUUCCGUUGGCGAAUCGCGCAGAACAAAUGGCGCCGGAUUUCCGAACUGGAGAGCGGCAACGUACAGCGGAUGGUAGCGAACUUCAAGCGUAUCAAGGGCGUCGUUGAUGACGAGAGAUUGCAGCGGUACCGUGCGGUGAGGGUGGAAGGACUGCACGAACUGUUCCGAGCGGGAGAGGAUCUGCGGGAGGUGCUACCGGGAGCGGUGGAGGCUAACACUGACGAGCUGAAGCGGCUGCUUGAGUACGAAGGAUCAGAUUUAGACACUGCGCUUGGAUCGUUCUCGCUGGAUUGUCUUCAGAAGUCGGUUGAGAUUGCGAAUACUGGACUAUUGGACAUCAGCGAUGAUCAUGCUCACGAGACUUCACUGCUGGCAGAUUGUCACUACAGGUUGGCGCAGUUUUGCUACGACGUACUGGAGAAGCAACCGCUUGGCGAGACCCUAAACCACGAACGUCACCUCAUCACGUCGCUGCUAGCGUCCAUGCAGUUCGGUUCCAAGCCAGCACGCCAGCUGUUUCCCGUUCUGUUACAGUUGCCCAACCUGCAGGAUGGGACGCUACACCGGUGCUUCAUCGAUGCCAGCGGACCCGUGCCGGAGUGGAUGUUCUUGCGGUGGAUUCCUCAGUUGCUCUCGUACGUUGACUUCUACCAGGAUUCCUUCCUAGAAAGCAUCCUACUGCGGCUUGCCGCCAGCUAUCCGAUGGCGUUGUACUAUCCGGCCAAGUUUGCCCACGGAGAGUGUACGAAGCGGUUUCCGGAGCGGACGAUGGGAUCGUUUGCCUGCCGGUUGAUGCAACUGCUGGAGUUUCCCCGGUUGGACCGGUUUGUGCAGGAACUCUCUCAGGUCGUGGUUCCGUGUAUGAAGGUGUCCAACAUGGCGUCAGAUCUCGCCAGGAAGCUGUCCGCCGGUUCGAAUUUAACGGGUGAGCAGUACCGAACAACUGUGUUGGAGUCGAUGAAGGAAGCUUUUCCGGAAUCUGUACGUGGGAUUGGUAGGGAACACGAAAAAGUGAUUUCGUUCAAGUCGGAGUGGAAGAAGCUGCUGAAUUUUGAUCCUGAACGUCAAAUCGCCGAUAUUUGGAGGUUUAUUGAGCACAUCCGUAUGGAAAUGGAGAAGCUCGUGCCAAGGCACAGCACACUGGAACUACGAAGAUACUCACCGUGGUUGGCCGAGUAUCACUUUAACGACCGGGAAGAAAUGCUGGAGCUACCUGGCCAGUACAACGUUGACCACAAACCGAACGUGGUCAAUCACAUCAAGAUCGUAAAGGUCCACAACCAGCUGGAGAUGUUCAAAACCUUACGGAAGCCGCUGCGAGUUCAAAUCAACGGUAGCGAUGGAAAAUCCUACGACUUCCUGGUCAAGUACGGCGAAGAUCUUCGCCAGGAUCAGCGCAUUCAGCAGCUGCUCGGAACCAUCUCAAACCAGAUGUCGUUGGACCAGCACUGCAAGGAGCAUCAGCUGUCGGUUCGAACGUACGAAGUGGUUCCAAUAAGGUCCAACUUUGGCAUUCUUGGUUGGAUUCCGAACACUUCGUCGAUCAAAAGCAUCGCGGUACGCUCGAUGGUGCGGUUCAACACGGCAGGAGACGUGACGGACACGAUCAACCGGGAAUACAACCAGUUUCUGCUGCAGACUUCGGGCUCAACUCCGGAAAGACGACCCGGGUUGACGUUGCUCUAUGGGAAAACGGCGUCUGCGUGCACUCCCGAGAAGAUCAUGCUAAAGUUCAACGAGCUGCGCUACAAAAUCAAAGAGGACGCCCUGAAGCGUGCCCUGUUCGAGAUGGCCGUUUCGCCCGAGUCCUUCUUCAACCUGCGCGCCAACUUUGCACGCAGCCUCAUGGCGAUGAACGUGGCCUGCUGGAUUCUGGGAAUCGGCGACCGGCACACCUCGAACGUGCUGAUCGAUCGCAGCAACGGUCGGCUGGCCGGCGUUGACUUUGGCAUUGCGUUCGGAGCGGGAGCGCGUGACCAGCCGAUUCCGGAGAUGGUUCCUUUCCGGCUGACGCCGCAGUUUGUCAGCGUGAUGGAACCGAUGCGGACGGCUGGCCUGAUGCACAAAUGUUCGGUGUACACGCUGGCCUGUCUGCGAAGUUCGAGGAAGUUGCUCAAGUCGUGUUUGGAGGUGUUUGUUCGUGAGCCCACGCUGGAUUGGUUGGACGCUGCCCGGUAUCGGUUCCAGCAGGAUGAAAACAAGGCUGCGUUUGCGUGGGAUCCGCAGACUAGGAUAAAUAUUGCCAUACGGAAGUUGAACGGAGCGAAUCCGAAGGUGCUCGUGGCGGAAGAGUUAAGGCUGGGGCAGGUCGCGCAGAAUCCGGAAUAUUUGGCGGGAUAUUUGAAGCUGCUGCAGGUGAGCGUGCCGAAUUUGGAGGAGGGGAAUUUGUCCGUUGAGCAGCAGGUCGAGUGCUUGCUGCAGAUGGCCACUAGCGGGUCGAUUUUGGGAAUUGCUUACGCCGGAUGGUUCCCGUGGUUCUAAGGUAUUUUUGGUGUUAUUUUGAUUAUUAAACGUAUCUUGUUAUUCAAA